GGGACGUUCUUCUCCCCCCCCAUCCCCCCGUCUCUCCCCUUUGAGGGCAAUCUGGGGAAGAGGGAGAGGGGCCGCGAUGGCCGCCCCCAGGGAAGGCUUCUCCCGCCAGGAGAUCGCCAAGACCGUCUGGGAAGUGAGGGAGCGCUACCGGGAGCUGCAGGCGGUGGGCUCCGGAGCCUACGGCGCCGUCUGUUCAGCUAUAGACCAGAAAAGUGGAAGCAAGGUGGCUAUCAAGAAGUUGUACCGCCCAUUUCAAUCGGAGCUUUUUGCCAAAAGAGCCUACCGGGAACUGCGCCUUCUGAAGCACAUGAAGCAUGAAAACGUAAUUGGGCUUUUAGAUGUCUUCACACCAGAUCCUUCACUGGAUAAAUUUAAUGACUUCUACCUUGUCAUGCCAUUUAUAGGAACAGACCUCAGUAAAAUAAUGAAGCAUGAGAAACUAACUGAAGAUAGGAUCCAGUUCCUGGUUUACCAGAUGCUAAAGGGCCUGAAGUAUAUCCAUUCAUCUGGCAUAAUUCAUAGAGAUUUAAAACCUGGAAACCUAGCAGUUAAUGAGAACUGUGAGUUGAAGAUUUUAGAUUUUGGGCUGGCAAGACAUACAGAUAGUGAGAUGACUGGCUAUGUGGUUACUAGGUGGUAUCGAGCCCCAGAAGUUAUACUUAAUUGGAUGCAUUAUACACAAACAGUGGAUAUCUGGUCGGUGGGGUGUAUAAUGGCUGAGAUGGUAACGGGAAGGCCCCUUUUCAAGGGCAAUGAUCAUCUGGACCAGCUUACAGAAAUUAUGAAAGUUACAGGCACACCAACUCAGGAUUUUGUUCAGAAACUACAAAGCCAAGAUGCAAAAAAUUACAUCAAAAAACUUCCACAAGUACAGAAAAAAGAUUUUGCUGCCAUUUUGAAAAAUGCAAAUGCUUCAGCUGUGAACCUUUUGGAAAAGAUGCUGGUGUUAGAUCCAGAGAAGAGAAUAACAGCAAGUGAAGCUUUGGCACAUUCUUAUUUUGAAACCAUUCAUGAUCCUGACGAGGAAAACCAAGCAGAGAAAUAUGAUGACACUUUUGACAACAUGGAUCUGCCCCUGGAUGAAUGGAAGUGUAUCACAUAUAAAGAAGUUGUAAACUUUAAGCCAUUGCAAUUGCCUGAUUCAAAAGAAACGGUAGUAUAACCUCAAGUUGUGUGUUUGCUUAAAAACUGAGUAAAGAAAAGAGACUGUAAAUAUUAUAUUUAUCUAUAUGUAUAUAUGUAUAUAGUUGUACAAAUCUUUUAUUAAAUAAAUUAGAUGCAACCAUUUUAAUAUGAAUUUUGAAGCUGUUGUGCUCAAACCUUUUUAUAUCAUAAAUUACAGCAGUCCCUCUUGAAAAAACCUAUUAUAAUAGAAACAAAACUUUUCCCCCAAGAUUCAUACUUUACCACUUCUAUUAUGAUAUUUUUCAAGGUAUGCUUCAAUUACAGGUAGUCCUCAACUUACGAUCACAAUUGGGAUCAGAAUUUCCAUCAUAAAUCAUUCUGGUUGUAAGUUGGAUCACAUCUGAUGUUAUGAUAAUUUUUACAGCCCUCAUUAAGUGAGUCAACACGAUCGGUAAGCAGAUCCGGUUUUUUCAAUAGGCAUUUUUUGCCAGAAAUUGACAAAAAGGUCAUAAAUUGCGAUCACAUGACUGCAGGGAUGAUGCAGCAGUCAUAAGUGAAAGUACAGAUUGUAAAUUGCCUUUUCCAAGGCUGUUGUAAUUUUGAACCAUCAUUAAAUGGUCAUAAGUUGAGGACUGCCUGUACUUAACCUAUAUUGAGUCCUUGCACACUUGUUGAGAACCAGAUGCCGAUAUUUGAAUAUUUGUUUUGGAAGUUAGUGCCUUUAUAAAUGAGAUUAUGUGAUUAUGUGAAUGUUUCAUUCUGCCUCCAUGACUUUCUCUAGAAACAAUUCUGUAGUCCCUUCUCUUCCUCCUACUUUAUAGAUUUCCUAGUAUAUAGGUUACUUAUGUGUUCAUAAUUUCUGGUACUCCUUUUAAAAGUUCAUUUGAAAAAUACAGCAAUUUCCUUCACUGUGUGCUCACACUCAGCUGGAAAACAACUCCUAAUGUGCGUAUUGAGCAUCAGUUUCAUAGAGUUGCAGCUAGCAAUAUGGACCCUGUGAACAUUGGAAAUUUAGAGUCAAGUUCCUGUAUUUCACAGUGGCCCAAAGCCCCUCAACCAGCUCUUCACAUAGAGAUAAUCUGAAACAGCAUAGUCCUAAUUGCCAAACAAUUACUGAACAUCUUUAUUUUUCUAUAAUAGAACUUUGAUUUCAAGGGGAAACAUUGGGUAGUCAGUUAUAUUUAGUUCUAAAAAGAAGUACAUAACAAGUGAAGAAAGGCAAGACAACUUAAGGUUUCCUUCAUUUUUUGAAAUGAAAGCAUGGAGUGGGAGUAGAUGAUAUUAUAUAUGCACUGAGAGUAGAUGCUAUGUUGAUUAAGUCAGAUUCUCUUGUUCAGUAUUUCCUGUUGUGACUGGCACAGGUAAUCCAAGGGUUUAACCUAGUAAUAUUUCCUACUUUUGUUGCUUGAAAUUUGAUAAACUAAUUAAAACAGACUUUUUUACAUGCAAAACAUACAAUCUGUUUGCUUCCUGCCAUGUGUGUGUGCUGAAUUUUAUCUAAAUUUGCUGCUUUCUUUUUUCAUAUUUGUUUUGCUGUACAGGGUUCUUUCAAUGAAAAAAAUCUAGAAUCCUAAACUCAACCUUCUGUAACUGUGAAUAUGCUCUUUUAAAAAAACAUGUAUAAAAAAUGGUUAAUCAUUAUUGAAAUAAUCCAUCUCUCUGGUAAAAACAAGCCUUCAUAAGAUAUGACUAUUGACUUGGAAAUAUAGCAUGCCAUUCCUUUUACUUAUCAAUUCUGUUGAUGCUGAGAAACUCAGGAAUAAAAAAAACAAUAACUGUUUCCUUUUAAAAUGAAAUGUAAAUACGAGCAUGUUGUAAAUUAAAUGUAUUGUAAAUUCUUUGCAAUGCUUUGUCUACCUCCAACUUCAAUAAAUAACAG